UCUUAGACUGCUGCUUCUCUGGGAGUGUAUAUCGCAAUAGCGGCUGCAGCGUUCGGUAUCUCCCGCCUAGCUCUGUGACAGCCUCGACGGCUUCAUUUGACUUAAACGAUAGCCUCACAAGACAUGCCAUAUAUACUACAAGCCGAGAUGCAUCUAUGCGAGACAACUGGCUUCUGGAUCCGGAUCGGUACUAUACUUGCCGCGUGCGGACCUCAUGAAAACGCUAAGGGGGGAGGAAUAGAAAUGAGUGAAAAAGGAGAACGAUAUGGAGCGUUGUCCUACUUUCUUUCCAAAACAUUAUCCCACUAUGGGCUUAGAAGGAAACACAUGGACAUUCAUCGCCAUCUGUGUGCCAGAUUCUGGGAAUCACGCGUGUCACAACAUCCUGUUUUGUAUGGAAAUGGACACCAGGGUUUCUUCGGCCAGGUCGAUCUGGAUCAUGACGUGAAGUCUAUCUGCAUAACCAAACAUGAAGGGAAGUUUUAUAUCCGCGUAGGCCGGGCACAUGGCCUCUGUGACGGGGACCGGUUUGCUAUAUCUCCCCUAGGAUCAGGAAACUUGCCAAGGGAAGAGAGAGGCCUUAUGGCGAAGGCGGGAGUCACUUGCGUUGGGUCUCUCAUAUCCGAGUUGAAGCUUUUGGAUGCACCAUGCGAUCUCCAAACAGGGUGGACCGCAGAACCACUUACUUGCUCAUAUCUCGCCAAAUAUCCAGUUCAGUUGGGGACUAAUAUUUCACAUCGUGAUGAAUGGCAGACGCAGUUGAUAAGACGAUCUCUCGUCACUUUAGUCGACAGUCGUGAUCAACACCCAACGUUCCUGGUUGAGCUAAGCAAUAAUGAAUAUGAAAUAUUUGAUAAACCUGGUCAGAAAAUUACCAACCUACCCCCAGUCACACUGCAAGAUCAAGCAGGUCCCAGCCGCGUUUGCGAUAUUCUAGAACACUUAGCUCGAUUCAACAUGGUGAAGGACUUGACUAAUGAGUCACCCAAAACUUCUUUUCGAAAGUCGUCUGAUAUUCAGAUAAUAGACCUGAAUGGAAAGUCAUUUGGCCCAGGCGAACAGAUAGAUGUUCAAGAUAAUGAUGCUAUCAAGAUCGUUAUGAGGAACUUGGGGGAGACGGUUCUGUAUGUUCAUUUGUAUGACCUGGAUCCUUGUUGGGGGGUCAAGGGUAUGCUUCGUAGCGAUUACGAAGCCAUACCUUCACGGAAUGACGCCAAGGGAUUUACAGGAUGCUCAACCAAAAAGAUCAGAAUGAAAAAUCCUCUUGCGACGCAGGGGUCAUGCGAGGAUAUAAUCAAGGUUUUCAUUACGUCCCUACCAACAUCGUUUGACAUGCUAGAGCUGCCCAAACUCCAUGAGCUUGCAAAGAGGAAUGUUAGAGAUAGGGUCACUCCGAGUUACGAUCACGUAUCGGAGGAUUGGAUAUCUUUACAAUUUCCUAUUCGCAUAUCACUGCCAAACAGUUAACCUGGUUAGCAACUCCUCAUUCAACUCUACGAACUGUGUAGUUGUUGGAUGCUGACAGUGGCUUACCUGCCUGCCUAGGUACCUGUAUCUAUUAGAUAUUAGAGAUAGACAUGAAAUAGGCCUUUCUACUGCAAA